ACAAGGCGCGAGAGGUCCGUCCGAAAGCAGGCGGGAGUCUGAAAGAAAGAAAAUAACGAAAGAAAAUCAAAACGAUAAGAAAAAUUAAACAGAACUGCAAAAUCCUUCGUCCUCAUCGUCGCCAUUUAUCAUUUCGCUGUCACGAACGCUUGUUGAAAAGCAAAUUGUAUCAAAUUCAAAGCGAGAUCAUAAGACGAAGAAGAAAACAGAAAGAAUCUGAGUAGUUGUAAUUAUAAUUGACGUAUCUGGACAAAAUUAAAAAUUAUCCAGCUCAUGUAUGUUUAUGCAUUGGGGGUUUAUCGAGCUAGGUGAUCAUUCUAGAUAGGUAUAGAGGGGUUCGGAUCUGCGCGGGAUUGAACCAAGUGGAGAUUGGUCGGUUUGUCGGAUGAGAGACGUUAUUGAAUUUGAAUGUUUCAGAAAUCGCCCCGCAGAACGAUGAAAUGGGCAACAUUGCUUAAAGACUUCAAGGAAAAGGUCGGCUUUUCUCAUUCCUCAUCUGCUGUUUCAUCCUCUUCUUCUCCUUCCUCGUCCUUUCGGGAGAGCUAUGCUUCUCCAGUCAAUCAGGACUUCAUAUUUUCGCCUUCAAGAGGCAAACGGGAACUGGAAUUGGACUUCAGGAUAUAUUGGGAAGAGUUCCACUCUUCAAGUUCGGAAAAGGAAAAGGAAAAAGCCUUGAUUAUGGCUGUUGAUGCUUUCUGUAAAUUAGUGAAGAAGCAGGCAAAUGUAGCUCAAUUAAUUACCAAGUUAGUAGAAACACAUAUAUUUUCCUUUGUUGUGGGAAGAGCAUUUAUAACAGAUAUUGAAAAAUUGAAGCUUAGCAGCAAAACCAGAUCGUUGGAAGUUGAGAAAGUCUUGAGCUUUUUCUCUGAAAUCACAAAGGAUGGUAUUAACCCUGGUGCAAAUUUAUUAUAUGCAGUGGAGGUCCUUGUUUCUGGGCCCACUGAUAAGCAGUCUCUACUUGAUUCUGGAAUCCUGUGCUGUCUCAUUCAUAUUCUCAAUUCUCUUUUUGGUCCCAAUGAGGGUCAUUUGAGGCAAAAUGUUGGCAGUAAUAAGGAACCAGUAAUGGCAGAGAGAAAUCUUCGUGGUGACACUGAAUCAGUGUGUUGGCUUGAGGUAGAAGAAAGUAUUGUGCAUAUUAUGAAGGCAUUGUGUAGCCACCCUUCUGCUGCUCAAAGUUUGAUAGAGGACAACUCUCUUCAGCUACUAUUCCAAAUGGUUGCCGAUGGAUCUUUUAUUGCCUUUUCUCGAUAUAAGGAAGGUCUUGUGUCAUUGCACACUCUUCAGCUUCACAGACAUGCUAUGCAGGUACUCGGUCUUCUUUUGGCUAAUGACAAUGGCAGCACUGCCAAGUACAUACACAAGCAUCUUCUGAUAAAAGUACUUCUACUGGCUGUGAAGGAUUUUACUCCUGAUUGUGGAGAUUCUGCCUACACAAUGGGCAUAGUAGACUUGCUUCUUGAAUGUGUUGAAUUGUCAUACAGGCCAGGGGCUGGUGGUAUCAGGCUCAAAGAGGAUAUCCAUAAUGCUCACGGUUAUCAAUUCCUUGUUCAGUUUGCUUUAGCACUUUCUAAGGAUCAAAGUGGCCAAAGUUACUAUUCAAAGUCUCUUACGGAUCAAGAGCUUGCUGCAGAGGCUUCUCCGCAGAAUGUCUGUCCUACGCUGUCUCGGUUGCUUGAUGUUCUUAUUAGUCUUGCUCAAACUGGUCCAGCUUUGAAAACUUCCAAAAGUUCUCAUGCCAAUCCUACUGGGCAUAACAGAAGUCGUACCUCAUCAUGUGACCAAAUUAGUGUUGAAUUUUGUGAGAAGGAUAAUGGCCAAAUUAAAGAUCUAGAAGCUGUCCAAAUGUUGCAAGACAUUUUCAUGAAAGCUGAUAGUAGGGAGCUGCAGGUUGAAGUCCUCAACAGGAUGUUUAAAAUUUUUUCAAGUCAUGUUGAAAAUUACAAAUUGUGUCAGGAGUUGCGAACAGUACCCCUCUUUAUCCUUAAUAUGGAUGAUUUACCCCCAUCUUUGCAAGAGAUAAUUUUGAAAAUUCUUGAAUAUGCUGUGACCGUGGUGAAUUGCAUACCUGAACAGGAGUUGCUUGCACUUUGUUGUUUAUUGCAGCAGGCAAUCACUUCUGAAUUGAAGCAGACUAUCUUAUCAUUCUUCAUAAAACUUUUAUCUUUUGAUCAACAGUACAAGAAAGUACUGAGAGAAGUUGGUGUACUAGAGGUUCUUUUAGAUGAUUUGAAGCAGCAUAAGUUUCUUUCUGGUGUAGAGCAUCACAAUGCUGAAUGUAGUUACAAUAAACACAUGGACAAUAAGGAUUCAAUCAUUUCUUCACCCAGAUUGAUGGAAUCUGGUUCUCGAAAACUCCUUCUCUUUGAAGUAGAAAGCAUAACAGCAAUUGCUUGGGACUGCAUGGCCUCUUUAUUGAAGAAAGCAGAAACAAAUCAAGCAUCAUUUCGCUCAGCUAAUGGGGUGAUCACUGUACUUCCUUUCUUGGCAUCUAAUAUUCAUCGUCCUGGUGUCCUUCGAGUGAUGUCAUGCUUAAUAAUUGAAGACGUUGCACAGUCUCAUCCCGAAGAGUUGGGAGCAGUGGUUGACAUUUUAAAAAGUGGAAUGGUUACAAGUGCUUUGGGAUCUCAAUAUAGAAUUCAAGAUGAUGCAAAAUGUGAUAUAUUUGGAGCUUUGUGGCGCAUCCUAGGAGUCAGUAGUUCAGCUCAGAGGAUCUUUGGUGAAGCAACUGGGUUUUCUCUUCUAUUUACCACACUCCAAUCUUUUCAAAGUGGCGAACUUAUAAAUGAGUUUUAUUUAGCCAUUUAUGUUAAGGUGUUUACUUAUCUGUUACGUGUGAUGACAAGUGCAGUUUGUAAUAAUGCUGCUAACAGGACAAAAUUGCAAACAAUCAUAUCUUCCCUUACAUUUUAUGAUCUCCUCUCGGAGACUGGAAUAAUUUGUGUUGAUUUUGAACGGCAAGUUGUACAUCUGUUAUUGGAACUUGCUCUUGAGAUAGUGAUUCCACCAUUCAUGAUGUCAGAAGGUGCAACACUGCCGCGUGUUAAUCAAAAUGAGUCUACAUGUUUUCUUCUUGUUACGCAUUCUGGUUCUCUCGUUCCUGACAAGGAAUGGAUUUUUAAUGCUGGUGCUGUUAAAGUGCUAUUACGUGCACUGUUGCUCUUUACUCCAAAAUUGCAAUUAGAGGUAUUAAGCUUCAUUGACAAACUUGCUUGUGCUAGCUCCUUCAACAAGGAAAACCUCACAUCUGUAGGUUGUGUGGAACUCCUACUUGAGACGAUAUACCCGUUCCUAUCAGGCUCAUCACCACUACUAUUGCAUGCUUUGAAAAUCAUUGAGGUCCUUGGGGCAUAUAGGUUAUCAGCGUCUGAACUUCGAGUCAUUGUUAGAUACAUUCUGCAAACGAGACUUGCUACAUCUGGUCAUUUUCUUGUAGAUAUGAUGGAAAAAUUGAUACUCAAGGAGGAUAUGGCUUCAGAAGAUGUUGCUUUAGCACCAUUUAUUGAGAUUGACAUGAGCAAAACAGGGCAUGCUUCAAUUCAUGUGCCGCUUGGGGAAAGGUCUUGGCCCCCUGCUGCUGGUUAUUCUUUUGUCUGUUGGUUUCAAUUUCGGAAAUUUUUCAAAUCACUGGCAAUGGAAGCAGAAGCUUCAACUGUUGGAUAUUCUAAAACACAGACCCUAGCUGAUGGUCAACAUCAUGAGCCACAUGUUUUGCAGUUGUUUUCUGUUGGAGCUGCAGACAGUUCAACUGCUUUCUAUGCAGAACUUCAUCUUCAGGAGGAUGGGAUCCUUACUCUUGCUACCAGUAGCUCUUUUUCCUUGUCAUUUUCUGGGUUGGAAAUGGAGGAAGGUAGGUGGCAUCACCUGGCUGUUGUGCAUAGUAAACCAAAUGCCUUGGCGGGAUUCUUCCAAUCUAGUGUUGCUUAUGUAUAUCUUAAUGGGAAACUGAGACACACAGGGAGACUGGGGUAUUCUCCAUCUCCAGCUGGAAAGGCUCUGCAGGUAGUUAUUGGAACACCAGUUACUUGUGCUAGAGUUAGUGACUUGUCAUGGAAGCUUAGAUCUUGUUAUCUUUUCGAAGAGGUUCUUUCACCUGGUUCUAUCUGUUUUAUGUACAUUCUUGGAAGAGGAUAUAGGGGCCUCUUCCAGGACACUAAUCUGUUGCAAUUUGUUCCUGAUCAAGCCUGUGGUGGGGGCAGUAUGGCCAUUCUUGAUUCUUUGGAUGCUGACUUGCAUUUGACUUCCCAUGCACAAAAGCCUGAAAAUGCUGGCAAGCAAGGGAGUUUCAAUGCUGAGUGUAGUGGUUUUGUUUGGGAUUUUGAACAAUUAGGUAAUCUCUCGCUACAGCUUUCUGGCAAGAAGCUCAUAUUUGCUUUUGAGGGAACAGGCACAGAACUUCCUCGAGUAUCUGGAGCUGUGUCUGUGGUCAAUCUAGUUGAUCCAACAUCAGCUGCAGCCUCUCCUAUUGGGGGUAUACCACGCAUUGGGCGGCUUGUUGGGGAUGUCUAUAUUUGCAAACACUGUGUCAUUGGUGAUACUAUCCGCCCUAUUGGUGGCAUCGCCGUUGUUCUAUGUCUUGUUGAAGCUGCUGAAACUAGGGGUAUGUUGCAUAUGGCUUUGACCUUACUUGCCUGUGCUCUUCGUCAGAAUCCUAGAAACUUGAGUGAGAUGCAGCAACUUAGAGGAUACCAUCUCCUUGCUCUCUUUCUGCACAGAAGAAUGUCAUUGUUUGAUAUGCAAUCACUUGAGAUCUUUUUCAAAAUUUCUGCUUGUGAGGCCUCUUUUUCUGAACAAAAAAAGUUUGAGACUACUGAGAAGAUUCUACCAACUGUCUCAACCAUCAAUGAAGUCAGUAUUGAGGAUCUUAGCUUGUCAAAAUUCCACGAAGACUUUUCUUCUGUAGGAUCCCACGGAGAUAUGGAUGAUUUUUCUGCUGCAAAAGAUUCUUUCAGUCCUACUUCAGAGAUUGAAAACACUGACGUGCCUACUGAAACUUCUAAUUGCCUUGUCCUGUCAAAUGCUGACAUGGUUGAGCAUGUAUUGUUGGACUGGACUGUCUGGGUAACAGCCCCAAUACCAAUUCAAAUUGCUUUAGUUGGCUUUCUUGAGCAUUUAGUUUCAGUGCAUUGGUAUAGGAAACACAACCUCACUAUUCUCCGUAGAAUUAACCUAGUUCAGCAUUUACUUGUAACUCUGCAAAGAGGUGAUGUUGAAGUUCCUGUGUUAGAGAAAUUAGUUGUACUAUUAGGAUUAAUAUUAGAAGACGGAUUUCUUCCCUCAGAAAUAGAUUGGGUGGUUGGGUUUGUGAUUAUGACCUUCAAUCCCCCAGAGCUGAUAUCACGUCACCAAAUCAAUAGAGAGUCUAUGGGGAAGCACGUUAUUGUAAGAAAUAUGUUGCUUGAGAUGUUUAUUGAUCUACAAGUGACAAUUAAAUCAGAGGAUUUGCUUGAACAGUGGUAUAAAACUGUUUCUUCAAAACUAAUAACCUACUUCCUUGAUGAAGCAGUGCAUCCUACAAGUAUGAGAUGGGUCAUGACUCUUCUUGGUGUGUGUCUUACAUCUUCUCCUGCAUUUGCACUUAAAUUUCGUUCAAGUGGAGGUUACCAAGGUUUGGCUAGAGUGCUCCACUUCUUCUAUGAUACCCCUGAUAUAUAUUAUAUUUUGUUCUGUCUGAUAUUUGGCAAGUCAGUAUAUCCAAGACUACCUGAAGUUCGCAUGUUGGACUUUCAUGCUCUUAUGCCUAGUGAUGAAAAUUAUGGAGAAUUGAGAUUUACAGAGUUGUUGGAAUCUGUGAUCACCAUGGAAAAAUCAACUUUUGAUAGGUUGUCUAUGCAGUCAAUGCUUGCCCAUCAAACGGGCAAUCUUUCACAAAUCAGUGCUGGCAUUGUUGCAGAGCUUGCAGAUGGUAGUGUGGACUGCUCAGGAGAACUUCAAGGUGAAGCCCUUGUGCACAAAACUUAUGCUGCACGGUUAAUGGGUGGAGAGGCUUCAGCCCCUGCUGCUGCUACCUCGGUCCUUAGGUUCAUGGUUGAUCUGGCAAAAAUGUCUCCUCCAUUUUCAAUCGUUUGCCGACGUGCUGAGUUUCUUGAAAGUUGUAUUGCUCUAUAUUUUUCUUGUGUCAGGGCUGCACAAGCAGUGAAAAUGGCAAAACAGCUCUCUGUAGCUAUAAAAGAAAAGAACCUGAAUGAUGGUGAUGAAACUAGUAGCUCCCAUAAUAUGUUCUCUAGCUUGGCUCAUGAACAGGAACAGUCAAUGAAUGCCUCUAUAAGUUUGGUAAGCUUUCCUCAAGGACAUGCCAGCUACUCUGAGGAUAUUCCAGUGGUGCCAAAGAAUGUAAGCAAGGAUAAAAGUGAGUGCACAAUUGCUGCAACCCAAAAUGAUUUGAGCAAAGAGAUGAAGAAUGAUGCACAACCUAAUCUGACAAUAGAUGAUCAAGUGGCUGACAAGGUCUCCACUGCUGCUUCCAGCAGCAAUGACUUCAGCUUGUGUGAUAAAAACACGCCAGAUCUUAUCCAUCAAACAAAUUCACAAAGUUCUCCAUCCUUCACGACUUUUGAAUCUCCUAUCGUAUCUGAGAAAUCUAAUACCAGACUUCCACCACCAUCUUCUUCGUCACCAGUAAAUGAGAAUAAAGGCCAAAUAGCUUCCUCUCCAUCUACAGAUUCUGCUGCAUCAUCUUUCAAUGGAGUUCAUUCUUCUUCACACACAAGGUCCAGUUCUCAUGGACAACAGGCUGCAAAUGAAAUACCAUUCACUAUUAGUUCAAAAUUGCUCCUUGAAGUUGAUUAUUCAGGCUAUGGUGGUGGUCCCUGCUCUGCUGGAGCUACUGCUGUUUUAGACUUUAUGGCAGAAGUUGUGUCUGGUUUGGUGACUGAACAAAUGAAAGCUAUGCCUUUUAUUGAGGGUAUUCUAGAGAGUGUUCCAUUAGAUGUUGAUGCUGAAUCUGUUCUGGUCUUUCAGGGACUGUGGCUUACUACAUUAAUGAACUUCCUUGAAAGGCGUCUCUUGCGUGAUGAUGAGGAAAGUGAGAAAAAGCUGGAUAAAAGCCGUUGGUCUUUGAAUUUAGAUGCAUUAUGCUGGGUGAUCGUGGAUAGGGUGUAUAUGGGAGCUUUCCCCCAACCUUCCAGUGUGUUGAAGGCUCUGGAAUUCUUAUUGUCUAUGCUACAAUUGGCAAACAAAGAUGGUCGUGUUGAAGAAGCAGCUCCAAUUGGAAAAGGGCUCCUAUCUAUUGGAAGAGGAGGCAAGCAACUUGAUGCUUAUGUACAUGCAAUUUUGAAGAAUAUGAAUAGAAUGAUUUUGUUCUGUUUCUUUCCAUCAUUCUUGACCAGCAUAGGAGAAGAUGAAUUGCUUUCACGUUUAGGUUUGCAAACUGAAUCAAAUAAAAGACAGCCCGUGAACUCAACAUCAGAAGAUGGUGGGGUUGAUAUUUGCACGGUGUUACAGCUCCUAGUUGCUAACAGGCAGAUAAUAUUCUGUCCAAGCAACAUUGACACUGAUCUAAAUUGCUGCCUUUGCGUAAAUCUAAUUUCCCUUCUUCAUGAUCAUAGAAGGAUUGUAAAAAACAUGGCUGUUGAUAUCCUCAAAUAUCUGCUGGUGCACCGCAAGGCUGCAUUUGAAGACUUGCUUGUUUUUAAACCAAACCGAGGAAUUACUAUUGAUGUUCUACAUGGUGGUUUUGACAAACUUUUGACUGGAAACUUGUCUGCCUUUUUUGAGUGGCUUCCUAAUUUUCAACUAGAGGUUAAUAAAGUAUUGGAACAGUCUGCUGCCGCUGCAUGGGUUCAGUAUAACUCAGCGUCAAAGAAGUUUCCUGGAGCAAGGAUUAAAGGCAUGGAUAGUCGCCGAAAGAGAGACGUGGGAAGAAAAUUAAAGGACUGUACGAAAUUGGACGACAGACGCUGGGAGCAGGUUAAUGAACAAAGAGUUGCACUUGAAUUAGUUCGUGACAGAGUGGCUACUGAAUUAAGAGUUAUCCGGCAGGAUAAGUAUGGAUGGGUACUGCAUGCUGAAAGUGAGUGGCAAACUCAUGUUCAACAACUUGUACAUGAGAGGGGGAUAUUUCCAAUAUGUAAACCCUCCACACAUGAAGAACCUGAAUGGCAACUUUGCCCCAUUGAAGGUCCUUAUAGAAUGCGCAAGAAAUUUGAGAGGUGCAAAUUGAAAUAUGAUACUAUCCAGAAUGUUUUGAAUGGGCAGUUUGAGUUAGUCGAACUAGAACUGCCCAAAGAGAAGACUGAAAAUGAACUCAAUGCCUCUGAUGCUGAAUCAGAUUACUUCUUCAAUUUUCUGAACGGCAAUCCUCAACGAUAUAGCUUUGGUGGUGAGCUUUACAGUGGAUCAAUUAUCAAAGAUUCAGAUGAUUUCAGGGAUGCAACUUCCAGCAAAGCUGGAUGGAAUGAUGAUCGUGAUAGCAGUGUAAAUGAAGCCAGUCUCACCUCUGCUGCUGAAUUUGGUGAAUCCAGUGCAGCCUCCACCCGAAAAGCUGAGAGUGUACAUGGGAGGUCUGAACAUGGAUCUCCAAUGCAUUCUUCAUUAGUAAAAGUUGAUGAAGUUAAGGUGCCAGAGGACAGAUCAGAUAAAGAGUUAAAUGAUAAUGGUGAAUACUUGAUUAGACCUUACCUGGAGCCUGUUGAGAAGAUAAAAUGUAAAUAUAACUGUGAAAGAGUUGUGGGUCUUGAUAAGCAUGAUGGGAUUUUCCUGAUUGGAGAGCUAUCCCUGUAUGUCAUUGAGAACUUUUACAUUGAUGAGUCUGGAUGUAUAUUUGAAAAAGAGAGCGAAGAUGACCUCUCAGUUAUUGAUCAGGCUUUGGGUGUACAGAAGGACUUCUCUUGUAGCAUGGAUUCACAUUCCAAGUCAAGUUCCUCAUGGGCUGCAACAGCAAAAGCCUAUGUUGGGGGUAGAGCAUGGGCAUAUGAUGGUGCAUGGGGAAGGGAAAAGGUUGGAACUAGUGGUAAUGUGCCUCAUCUUUGGCGUAUGUGGAAUCUGGAUAGUGUCCAUGAAAUUUUGAAACGUGAUUACCAACUCCGUCCUGUUGCCAUUGAGAUCUUUAGCAUGGAUGGUUGUAAUGAUCUAUUGGUUUUCCACAAAAAAGAGAGAGAAGAGGUUUUCAAAAAUUUGGUUGCGAUGAAUCUUCCGAGAAACAACAUAUUGGAUGCAACAAUUUCAGGAUCAGCAAAGCAGGAAAGCAAUGAAGGCAGUCGCCUUUUUAAGGUGAUGGCAAAAUCCUUCUCAAAGAGGUGGCAAAAUGGAGAAAUUAGCAAUUUCCAAUACCUCAUGCAUCUCAACACCCUCGCAGGUCGUGGAUACAGUGACCUUACCCAGUAUCCAGUGUUCCCCUGGGUUCUGGCAGAUUAUGAUAGUGAGAAUAUAAACCUGUCAGAUCCUAAAACUUUCCGUAGGCUUGACAAGCCAAUGGGUUGUCAAACAGCACAGGGGGAAGAAGAGUUCAGAAAAAGAUAUGAGAGCUGGGAUGAUCCAGAGGUACCCAAAUUCCAUUAUGGCUCUCACUAUUCUAGUGCUGGAAUUGUCCUCUUCUACCUCAUCCGCCUUCCACCUUUCAGUAUUGAGAAUCAAAAACUGCAGGGUGGACAAUUUGACCAUGCAGAUCGUCUUUUCAACAGUAUAAGGGAUACAUGGUCAAGUGCUGCUAGGAAAGGCAACACUUCGGAUGUUAAGGAACUCAUUCCAGAAUUCUUCUAUAUGCCUGAAUUCCUUGAAAACAGGUUUAAUCUUGACUUGGGUGAGAAACAAUCAGGGGAAAAGGUUCACGAUACCAUUUUGCCUCAAUGGGCAAAAGGUAGUGCUAGAGAGUUUAUCAGAAAGCAUAGGGAAGCACUGGAGUCUGAUUUUGUUUCAGAAAAUCUUCACCACUGGAUAGACCUUAUCUUUGGCUAUAAGCAGAGGGGAAAGGCUGCUGAAAAAGCUGUAAAUGUUUUCUAUCAUUAUACUUAUGAAGGAAGUGUGGACAUUGACUCUGUAACUGAUCCGGCAAUGAAGGCUUCAAUUCUUGCUCAAAUUAACCACUUUGGACAAACGCCAAAACAAUUGUUCCUCAAGCCCCACGUGAAAAGGAGAAUUGAUAGAAAGCUUCCUCGUCAUUUAUUGAAGCAUUCUUUGUAUCUUGUUCCUCAUGAAAUCCGUAAAAGCUCAUCUUCUAUAUCUCAAAUUGUAACCUUGCAUGAUAAAGUUUUUGUGGCAGGAUCAAAUACAUUCCUGAAGCCUAGAACAUAUAGUAAGUAUGUUGCAUGGGGAUUUCCUGACCGUAGUUUGAGAUUUAUGAGCUAUGAUCAAGAUAGGCUUCUUUCUUCUCAUGAGAAUCUUCAUGGAGGCAACCAGAUACAAUGUGUUAGUGCUAGCCAUGAUGGUAAUAUUCUGGUUACAGGAGGUGAUGAAGGAUUGGUAUGUAUUUGGAGAAUAGGCACAGAUGGCCCUCGUGACCUAAGACACUUACUGUUGGAGAAGGCGCUUUGUGCACAUACAGGCAGAAUCACAUGCCUUCAUGUAAGCCAGCCUUACAUGAUGAUAGUAAGCGGAUCAGAUGACUGUUCUGUAAUCGUGUGGGAUCUUAGCUCCAUGGUUUUUGUUCGGCAGCUUCCUGACUUUCCUUCACCAGUUUCAGCUAUCUAUGUUAACGACCUGUCAGGGGAAAUUGUAACUGCUGCUGGUAUUAUGCUUGCUGUUUGGAGCAUCAACGGGGACUGUCUUGCAGUGGUCAACACGUCACAGCUUCCAUCAGAUUCCAUUCUCUCCCUAGCAGGUUGUUCGUUUUCUGAUUGGCUUGAAACUAACUGGUACGCCUCUGGUCACCAGAGUGGAGCCGUUAAGGUCUGGAAAAUGGUACACUGCUCCAGCGAGGACGAGUCUCCCCAUAGUAAUCCAACAUGCGGUUUAUCACUUGGAAAUAGAUUGCCUGAAUGCAAGUUGAACCUUCACAAAGUGCUAAAGGGUCAUAAGCAUCCUGUCACCGCUCUCCACCACACUAGUGACAUGAAAUAUUUAUUCAGUGGAGAUUAUGGAGGGAGCUUGCAUUUGUGGACUCUCCAAGAAGACAGCAUGAAAUCUGCAGCCAGUCGUGGGUAGCCAGCCAUUCUGCAUCCAUCCCAGCUGAAGUAGUUUUGCUACAAUCAGUCUUCAAGGGCUCCACAGCACAGCCUUUUGAGGUAUAAUAAGGGGAUUCCAAAUUUUACACAAUAGCACCAAAGCUGCAUCCCUUGCUACCUACUUUGUCAAUGCCACAGACGACGUGCUUGAUGCUUCAAAGGUUGAAUCCGGUUCACAAUGAGGUCGCUAGUCGUGUUCCAGGGACUUUAAAAUGUAAGGAUUUUUCUGGCUUAAAUAUGUGAUUUAGCUGUUGUAUGUAUCAAAAUAGUGUAUAAUGAAGUUUGUAUAAGCUAUCAAAAUUGCCAGGAAAGGCAUGUCAGCUAAAAAAUGAUCCAGCUUCACCAAUUUUGAGUGUUGGCCAAGUCAGAUGGCCUGGACCACUUUUCUUUGUUGAACACCAACUUUUAUUCUAUUCAAUAUAUUCAAAAUAAAGUUGAAGUUGGAAGAAGGUAAA